GUUUUCUGAAUCAUCAUCUCAGUCUAGUGAAACUUCUGCUCUUACAGAAAUGUUAGACGAUAACUUUGGAUUAGGUUCUCCAAUGGCUGUAUCACCAUUAUUAGAUCAGAAAGACCCCCCACUUUAUGAAAGUAGAACACAAAAAAAACAUAUUAUAGAAUCACCAGAUAAAUUUGAUAAAAGACAGAAGUCAACUACUAAGAAGGGCGAACCCUCUACAAUAAAAAAACUUAUCAAAGAAUUAAAAGAUGAUAGUGUUAAUAAAGAUUUAAUAUUUGCUUCUCAGUUAUCUGAAGAUAGUUAUACUUAUCUUUACAAAGAAAUUGGUAAAGCCAAAGUUGAUAAUGAUAUUGCAAGUCAAAAGGUUUUAAAUUGUUAUUUUGAAUUUGGUAAAAAGUUAUUUGAUCACUUAAAUUAUUAUAAAAAUGAAAAAAAAUAUCGAGAUCGUAAGGCCCAGAGUAAAGUAGAUAAAGAAGUAAAAAAGCAAUUGCCUAAAGAGAUUAAUGAUACUACACAUUGGAAGCAAACAGAAAAAGCCCAAAAAAUAUAUGAGCUUUUCAUUGAAAUUGGUGUUGAUAAAAUGCAACAGGUUAAAUCUUAUUCGGCACUAAGAAUUUCAAAAUUAAGUUGGAAGAGCAUUGACUAUAUUACAGAGAACUUUAAAUCAUAA